AUUUUUUUUUUUUUUAAAGAAACGAUGCCUUUUGCUCGUUUUAAGUGUAAAGACUUACAUACAUAGGCGACUGGUGACCGGGGAGGAUCGUUAAUUUUUAGGCAGGACGUCCCUUCGCCCGGUUAACGUACUCUCGGAGGGAAAAGAAAAACACCCCCCGGGGAAAAGAAAGAAGCGGCCCGUCCCGUCCCCUCCUCACUCCGAUCGCCCCAUCGCCCCAACCCCUAACCCGUGUAUCAACAUUUUUUAGUAGGUGGAAAGGAAGAAGCUAUCCGGCGGGGAAAGAUAGAAAGAGAGAGAGGUUAGCGUUCGAUGAUUAAUAGCUGUCAGUGUGAGGGAAACCGGUCCGUAACUGUCCCUCCUUCGACUACUUCUUUGUGCAAAUUUACGUUAAAGGGCUUUCGGCCGGCGUGUGGGAGAACCGAGAAGGCAGAACCGAGUCGGCACCGUCUCACGGCCGAUUUACAUUCGAACACGGCGAAACUCCGACUCGAUGCCUCCUUCACGCGCUCCUUCGUCCAACGAGGUGAGAGCCGUUCGAAGAUCGCGAUAACCCUCGCAGCACGGGGACACGCUGCGACAAGGUUAUAAGUAGCUAAUGAUAACAAGCAGUCAUCAGCAAAGCCACACUGUGGGCCAAAGGCCUUCAGGAGGUUUAUGCAAGCAUUUACUCCUACUGAUGUUGAGCAUUUGUUUUACCAAUGCAACUUAUUACAACGUAGAAGUUAAUGUACACGAUUUAAAAGGAAUAUUUGGCGAUAAGUGGUGUACUACAGGGCAUUUGGCGAUGGCACCAACUGCACCGAUCAUUAUGCAGGACAGUCAUGUGUCGUCAACUGCGACUGAGACCUCAGAGUCCAACGGACAAAGCGAACAGGUCCAGCAGUCGAAUUCUGAAGCCUCAAAUCUAGAAAAGGAUAAAACCCCAAUGUGCCUUGUAAAUGAACUUGCGAGGUAUAAUAAGAUUGAACAUCAGUACCGACUCACAAAUGAAGAGGGACCUCCUCAUAAAAAGAAGUUCACGGUUACUUUAAAAUUUGGAAACGAAGAAUACACAGCGGACGGUGCGAGUAUCAAAAAGGCUCAACAUGCAGCUGCUAGUAUCGCACUUAAAAAUACACAAUACGAUCACCCUCCACCGAAAUCGAGUCGAAACCAAAGAGGUAACAAAGGUCACAUAACUCCAACUGUUGAGUUAAAUGCAUUAGCCAUGAAAAGAGGUGAGCCAACUGUAUAUACAUUAGUAGAAUCUCCACAGUACGGGGAACAUUAUAAUGGCUUCGUUACGUACCAUUCACAUCGUGGCAUGUAUACUCAGGCUUAUAAUAAUCAUUACAAUUAUGGUUAUGGAAGGGGGGGCAAAACCCAUUUUCGAGGCGGUUAUACUCCAAGAGUUGAUCCGCGUUUUUAUUCAGGAAAACCUGCAUUGUAUAAAGUUGUAGUUAAAGUAGGGGAACGUUCGUUUACGGGUGAGGGAGUCACAUCUCAGGCAGCAAGGCACGAUGCAGCCUCUAAAGCACUUCAAAUUCUUUUAAGCCUACCAAUUGACGAAUAUGCAACACGAAAUGCUACUUGUGGUGGCGAAGGAUUUACCGAUUCCGAAACUACAACGGAAAUCAAGUCGCCUAUUUCCUUGGUGCACGAAAUUGCACUUAAAAGAAAUUUAAAUGUACUGUUUGAAGUAAUCGGCGAAAAGGGUCAGCCUCAUAUGAGGACGUUUGUCACAAGGUGUUCGGUCGGAGAAAACUUCGAAAGUAUAGGAGAAGGAAAUGGAAAGAAGGUGUCGAAAAAACGAGCAGCUGAAAAGAUGUUAGAGUUGUUAAGAACCUUACCUCCCACAACUAAUGUAGCUGCUACAGGCUUUAUGGGAUCUUUAGGAAGGAUAAAAAAGAAGUCGAAUUCUUCAAAAAAGAAAUCGAGGAACCUCAUCAAAGACACUAACACUGCUACUGUUCAGACAAACCAAAAAUAUGAACCAGAAAGUGUCGAAGAUAUGAAUCCAAUCUCUAGGCUAAUGCAGAUCCAACAAGCAAAGAGGGAAAAAGAACCUGUUUAUACUCUAAUGGAAGAACGAGGUAUACCAAGGAGGAGAGAAUUUGUUAUGGAGGUAAAAAUGGGUGAGCAUUCCUUUAUUGGCUCUGGCCCUAAUAAAAAAAUGGCUAAGAGAAAUGCUGCCGAAGGUCUACUACAACAAUUAGGAUAUUCAAGUUCAACAUUAACAAGGACUGGACAACCGCUUCCACAACAUAACAAGCAAGUUAGGUUUAGCGAUGAAAAAACAACGCCGCAAGGUGGGAGCGUUGGCCGGCAACUUGUUCCUGGACUACUUUUAAUGAAUGACAACAAAGCUGCAAAUGGCAAUCCACAUACUCCAAAUAAAGUAAAUAUCAAAACGACAGCUAUGAUUGCAAAGGAGUAUUUAAGCAAUGGAAACUCGCCAACAGCUGAUGCCCUGGCAGGCCAUAAAAGAGCGAAAGCAGGCUCCGCUGUCAGGCCUACUGAGCAACUUCGGUAUUUAGCGCAAGUUUUAAAUUUUCAAGUCCAGUUCUCAGACUUUCCCAAGGGAAAUCAUAGUGAAUACUUGAGCCUUGUCUCACUGGAUACGGAUCCACCGCAAGUGUGCCAUGGAAGUGGGUCGACGACAGAACUUUCUCAUGAUCAAGCAGCUUUGAAUGCUUUGAGGUCACUAUCGGAAAUGGGCCUUGAUUCAAUAUCUCCCGCUAAGAAAGAACAACAAACAGUAACUUUACCACAGGGAAAACAACCAGAGAAUUUGUACAUCAAUUUAGGAAAUGCUAUGGUCAAAGACGAUACACCAUACAUUAAUGGAAAGUAGUUUUUUCUAUUAAUUAAACAAUAAAAACAUAUAUCUUGAAUAUGAAACAAUAGAUAAUUGUUUUACAUUUUAUAUAGUAUAUCAAUGUCUUUUCAGAUUAAAACUAUUAUCAUAGAAAUUGUUGUAAAAUGGUAAUAGCACUGUGAAUUUUAUCCUUUACCUGAAAAAUAAUUUUUUUUCUGUUAAUAGUAAAAUUUAAUAUAAGCAAUGGGGACUGAUAAAACAAAAAUUAUAUUUAACAAAAUCUCAAGGUCCACUUUUAGCGAAUUCGUACUGGUUGUUCUUGUUAUAUUGUAUAAUUUGGAUAAAUGUUGUAAUUAACCACAUUUUGUUAUAAGUGGGCCUCCUAUUUUGACUUCAUGUCAGAAAAAAGUAUUAAGGUCUUUGAAUGCACUUACAACAUAGCGAUCUCCUUGGCCUCAUUAGUCUCACUUAUAGAUGUCUGUAGUUUAAAAAAGAAAAAUCAAUUAAAAAAUAAUAUAUAUUAGCUUGAAUUAGGCGUAUUUGUUAACACUAGUAUUACUCUUUCUAUGAAUAUUUCUCUAGCUGUUGAUGUGUAUGUAAGUUUUGUGUCAAAAAGAAUACAUUUCACAUUUUUAUUUUACUUUUAUUUUUUUAUUAUCAUAAAAGGAGCAAAUGGUGUGGAAUUAAGUCGAGUGAUGCUUAUGAGUGAGUGGGAAAAUUCCCUAUACAGAGUUUUAUUCUUUAUUUAUUUUUAUUCUUGAAUAAUUGAUGAUGAAGAAAAAAAUAUUUGAAGUUUUUAGUCGGUAGCCUGAUAGUACUUAAAAGCCAAAGGAGUUUAUUGGACAAUUGUUUAUAGGGGUUUUCUCUCACUUGGCUUUGUUGUAGCUAAUAGAUUACCCGAGAGGAAAUGUUUUCUUUUUUGAUGUUUUCAAAACCCACACCUGUAUCGUUCUUUUUUUUUAUAUAAAGAAUAACUAUUUAUAUAAUUGUGAGCUUACAUAGACAUCGCCGGUUAAAUAGGCAUUUAGGUGAAAUACAUUGUUUUAAAAUACUAAUAAAAAUAUUGCUGUUGUGAUCAGUGUAAAUUUUUCUUUCGUUAUUUUUCUGUUUUUUAAAGUAAAAUAGUCCAGUUAGAAAUCUGAAGAGAUAAAGUUGACAAUUUUGGUUGAAUUAUACAUUUUUACUUAUUCUUAAAACUUGUUGAUCAGUACACAUAACAAAUUUGAUUUUUUUUAUAAUUUUAAUAAUAUCCUUUUUUUAAAUGUACUGGUUAAUGUUUUAUUUUAUUUGUUUUUUUAAUUCCCGUUAUCACUUCAUUUGUUUUGCUUUUAUAAUAAUAAUAUGAAAGAUGAUUUCAGUGUUAAUUAAUACUUAGGUAGAAGUAUUGUGUUCUAGGUGCAUUGAGACAGUAUUUGAGUGAUGUGUUUUCUAGUUAAGGCUUAAAUAGAAUUAAAAAGAAUAGUUAAAACAUAGAUCUAUAGGUACUGUCUGUUUAAAAGAGAAAAAAAAAUUGUAAAAAAAAAAGUUUUUCAGUUGUAUUAUAUUUUAUUUUUUAAAACGUUCUUUUUUUUCUUCAUAAAUUGUAAAUCAUAUUCACUACAUCAUUUUUAUUGAGUAAGAAGAAGAAAAAAUAAUACUCAUUUUCCUAUAUCGUUACCAAAUCUCAGAAAUUUCUAUUGCAAUAUUAUAAGAAUACCUAUCAAGAAAUAAUAAAUAAUGUGCAAAACAAGUAAAAAGUUAAAAGAAUGGUUAAUUCGUUAAUUUCAAUGUUUAAUUGAAUUCAUUUAUUAUUUUAUUAGCAUAAAUACUUAAAAAAUUGUACAUUUUCACUAUUAUUAUCACUAUUAUUAUUAUUGGAGGCUUUCUUUUGAGAAGUGGCUUACUUUUGUUCAAAUUAAAUAAUUUCUUACGCUA